AUGGAUCCAGACACUCGAUCAGAACAACUUAAAGAAUGUUUUCGAUCGAUUAAUGAACUUGUGAAUAAGUUUUCAGGAAUAAGUGAAAAUCUGGAAACAACAGUAAAAGAAGUAAGAAUAGCCGUAAGUACAGUUUACGACCACGUGAAAGAUUUGCUUCAACUAGCAAAUAAAUCUUCAUCCAUCGCCUGCGUCACAUCAAGGAGUUUGACCGAUAAAAAAUUCCUCGGUGAGGGUCAUUUUGGAAUGGUCUUUGAGUGUAAACUGAAUGGAUCUAGAGUGGCUGUUAAAACACUGAAAGAACAAGCUAAGACUAAGUUCAGGGAGUCAGACUUACUUCGUUACUUGAGUCACGAUAACAUCGUGGCAUAUCGCGGGAUGGGUUAUAUGACUGGAAAGGAACUAGGCCAGAUUUCACGAUCUGAAAACUCCGUGAUAGACGAAGAUCAACAUAUGUUUCUUGUAAUGGAGUUCAUGUCCAAGAACUUGUUCCAGUACAUCAGGGAUUUGGAAACACAUGAAAGACAUGGACUAACAGAGAGUCAGACUUGGAGUGUCGGAAAGCAGAUAUGCAGCGCAUUAUCCUACCUCCACUCUCUGGAUGUGGUUCACAGAGAUCUGAAGCCAGACAACAUUCUCAUAGAAGUGGGGCCUAGCCGAAUCUUGGUGAAAGUAGCAGACUUUGGACUUGCAUGGUACAGUCAGGGGGAAGCAAAUGAAACAGAAUAUGUCAGACCUUCAGGAUCAACAACACGAGGGAUGAGUUCGUACUACUUAAACAUCCGAUGGGGAGCCCCAGAGUUUGCCAGAUAUGGGGAAAAGGAAUAUGAUAUCACAGAUUACAAACAAGGAGAUAUGUAUUCAUUUGGACUGGUGAUGACUUACACACUCACUGGAGUGAAAGCUUUGGCCAACAUAUCAUCAUCAUGUCUUUCAUCAGAAUCUGAUGAAUCAGACGAUGACCCUGUGAAGUUACCAAAAUCUUUGGAAGGGACUCUACGAGCUGCUAUAGAAACAUGUGUUCAACAUGAUCCAGAAGCAAGGAAAAGUGCUAGACAUCUAUUGGCAGAAUAUUUCUCAGUGGAUAAAAAUCCAUACCAGAUUGACCCCACACAAGUGGAAUUUUUCUCGUGUGGAUUCAUGGAGAAAACAGAUAUAUUUGUGGCAGAUUCCUAUAUAGGGGAAGAUGAUGCAACACUUGGGUACUUAGAAUCACCCAACAGAAAAAGACCAACAGGAUAUGACCACAACAAUCUGAUAUGUAAGAUAGAAACAGAGGGUGCACCGUAUCGAGACCCACAUAUCCAGUGGACAGAAGAGGAGAUAGCACAGUACCAGGAUUGUCUACAAAAAUAUCUACAGAUGGCCAAGAGCAGAGAGAUAGACAACAAUCCAACAUCAGCACUGAAAGGCUUGGUGUUAGCAAGACCUGGAGAAGAUGAAAAACAAACCAUUGCUCUCAAUUUCAAGGAGUCUGACUAUUGCCAUCAUCGCAGCAUGCGAGAAAUUUGGAUGUCACUUUCUCCUUCAGAAAAGAAUCAGGAAGUUCCAUGCAAAGGAGAUGUCCAUCCAUACUUCAGCAAUUCAUUUGGGCUCCAUGUUGCUAUUCUAACCAAUGAGGGUCCAGAUAAGCCACAGAAAUUUGUAUUUCCCCAAAGAGCUAGAAGAAAAGGCAUGUCAAGCCCAGGUAACUUUACAUGUGGGGCUGUAGAAAGUGUCUCCAAACCUGACUAUGUUAAUAUUGAAGGUGAAACAUAUGUCAAUCUACUCAACACAGCGGCUCGAGGAUUAAUGGAGGAAAUUGGUCUGGAAUUGACAGGGAAUGAUCUGGAUGCCAUUUGCUUGAUGACCAUAUACCUCAAGUUUGAUUUCCAUGAGUGGGGUCUGUGUGGUUUUGUUGACCUGAAGGAUGAGCGGAUAGCAGAGGAGCAUCGCCUCAGUGCAGAAAGCAUCAAGGGGCGCUUUACCAGUGGACCUAAGGACAAGUUCGAGCAUCAGACACUGACUUUUGUGGACUUUGAGUUGGAGCCUAUGGUUGAAUUUGUGUCAAAUAAUCAUGAGAACUUUGCUAGUUCUGCCAAACUAGUGGUGGUCAAGGUAUUGGAGACGUUCUUUGGGAGUGAUAAAGUACACCAAAAGUUUAACCAAGAUUUAUAGGUGGUUCUUAGUGUCACAGUCUGGCUUCUAAUUCUUAUUCCAAAUAUUGAUGUGAUUAAAAUGUAAUACUCCACAACAAAUUGUAUACCGGUUGUUUAUAUACUCAGAAAAAAAGUAAUUUUGCUUUAAAAUUUCAAGAAUUUUCAAAAUACUAAGAAGACAUACUGAAGAUAGUGAUUAUACCCAGUGGUUUAGGUGUCCAAAAUUUCUACAUUGUUAUCUGUUUGUAUUUGUGUAAUCAGUCUAGUUUACAUGUAAUAUUUUAGUCUUAUGAAGUACUCUUCUCAUAAGUUAUAUGUACCUAUUUGCACUCUGAAAUAUCAUACUUCAGUGCCAAUAUCCAACUUUCAGGUCACUAAUGAGAUGAUGGUGACAAUCAACAGUACCUGACUGUGAUAUAUUGUAUAGGGAGUUUUCUUCUUGAUAAGGACACCAGACUGUAGAGUCAAGUACGUAUAUAGAAUACUACAAUGGCUGUUGUCCUUUUGUCAACUUGUACUACAAAUCACUAUUAGUCAUGAACGAUCAAGUGGAUUUUUACCAAAUUUGGUCAGAAGCACUAUUUGGUGAAGAGGACUAUGUUGUGUUUUUUUCUAUAAAUGAUGGGUCUGACUUCUUGGAAUCCUAGGGGCAGGAUUCAAAAGAAGAUAUCCAGCACAAAUUAUUUUUCAUAAAAGAUCUGAAACAUCCUUUGUUGAAGGGGUCUAAGAUUUAUAUAAACAGUGGGUUUCAGUCCCCUAAGGAAAUACAGCAAAUACUGUAGACCUCUUACAUGUGCAACAUUAAGGCACAUGUAGUGGAGUAAAUUCUUUAAAAUCCUUCCUCUUUAGUGGGAAUGCAUAUAUUUUGUCCUAGUUUAGACUGAAACAUACUUUGGUGAAGGUGACUGAAUAUUUUUAUUUUUUUUUGUUAUAAAAUGUAGCUAUUGGCCUCCUUGGGAAUGAGGGGCAAGGCCCAAUAAUGAAAAAGAACAAAUUCUUUAAAAUUCUUCCUCUUCUUUAGGAAUGUAAGGAUUCUGUCUCCCAGUUGGUUUGAAACAUCUUAAAGUUGAAAAGAAUUGAAAAAGGCCUAAUAGGUGAAAUAGAGCAAAUUCUUUAAAACACUUUUUCUGACUUUUCUUUAGAAUUUCUUUUGCUUUAUCAAGGCCAGGUGAUACAGGCUCUGCAGGCCUCUGACAUAGAAUACACAACAUUAAGACACAUGAAAUAUUUUUUGUAAAGAUUACUUACACAAUAUCUGAACAUUCAUUUACAUAGUACUGUAUAUUAACAUAUUUGUUAUCUUUGUUGUGCUUUUUUUAUGUGCUUUCCUUUGCCUGAUUUUCUUUCUUACUCUUAGCAUACAAAUUUGUUACUUCCUGGUUUGAAAUGAUAAAGGUGUGAAAAUAAAAUGGAUAUUGGUCCCAGUGGGUAUUGUGCUAUUUAUUCAAAAACUCAAAUGUCAGUAAAUUGAUUUAUAUUGAGAAACCAUAAACUAUUAGCCCUACCAAGAUAUAUAUGAAUUUAUAGUAUUUUCCCAGAAUAUGACAACAUUCUCUUCACGUUCACAUUUUUAUUUUUAUGCUGGCCAGUGUUUAUUAUCCAUGUUGGAUGGCAGGAAGGCACAUGAAUGGUUAAGCACUUGCCUCUCACAAAGAUAACUGGUGUUCAGUUCUCUGGUCAGACAUUAAGAUGUAUGAAUUUGACUGUGUGUUUCUAUGGUUUCUGGACCUUCAAGCACUUCCGUCCGAACCAUUAAGGGAGAAUGAUACUCAAUGCUCUGUAGUAAUGCAAUGCGUUAUACAAUAGUCAUCAGACAAAUGAACUCUGAAAUUAUUGUGUAUGUACAAUGUUUUCUGUCAAUAUUUUAACUUUUUUUACAUGUUAUGUGCACAUUUUUAUAUCAUGUUAUUAAUAUCCCUGUAGUCUUUUUCUUGUCACUAUUGUUGGCUAUUCACUAAAAAAAAUUAAGUUGCUUUAUGAUACUUAACCAGUUUCAUAGUAAUGCACAUGUUGGUAUUGAUAUUUCAUAAUAUGAACUUUUCACAAAAAUGAAACAUGCAAUAUACUAGUUCUCAAUUGACUUAAAAAAUAUCAAAUUCCUACAAAU